GCCUGAAACCCGUCUUACUGAACACCUACGUUCUAAAAGGAACCCCCAUGCAUAAUUUGAGACUCUUAGCUCUUGUAGCUUCUGACAUUUAGUGACGAGUCAGUCAAUGACCUUAUGUUCGAAAGACUCUAUUCUGUUUGAAAACCGAAUCUGUACCAGUGGUCGAAAGGAACAAAAUUGGAUUUUUUUAAUUACAGGCCGGACGAAGGAAGAGCAAGACAAUUACCUGGACCGCCUGUGUGCUAUACGGAGGAAUGUUCAACUCAUACUCCACUAUGGCACAGUGAUCCCUUUCCAAUGGUACACCAAAGGGUACAGAUGCUUCUACUGCCAAAAACCUAUGCGAGACUGCGAAAGUCUUAAAGAACAUACCGUUUUAAAACACCAUAGCGUGGAUUUAGACAAUUUCAUACCGCAAAGGAUCAUAACCAAAGAUAUACCAGUCAAAGUAGAUAUCAGCAGUGUUGGCUGCAAAAUAUGUUGUGAAAAUUUCAAUAAUUUAGACGAUUUGACUAGGCAUAUUACAGAAGUUCACGAAGAGAAUUACGACUACACGAUUGGGGUUUGCAUAUUCCCGUUUCUAUUGACGAAAGACAUUAUGCCCUGCUGUUUAUGCGACGCCCAAUAUGACAACAUAACAUGCAUGGUAACACAUAUGUACAAGGAGCAUAUAACACACAGAUUUAUAUGCCAAAUAUGCGGCCUAAGUUUCAUCGACAAGGUGAGGCUGCAAAGGCAUAUAACAAAGAGUCAUAUCGGGCAUAAAUGCUCGUUAUGCCAGAAAGUUUUCGACGCGUUCCACAAACUAGAGAAACAUAAGCAAAGAAUCCACGGACAGAUUAAAACCCAUGAGUGUACUUUGUGUACAGCGAGUUUUGAGAAUGGAUACCAAGUUAAAGUGCAUAUGGGUAAGGUGCAUAACGUAGAAAAGUAUAGGAUUAAGUGCGAAUUGUGCCCGAAAGUGACUACGACCAAAGGCGCAAUGCUCUUGCAUGUGCAGUCCAUCCACUCGGAUGUUAGAUACGAAUGUGAUCUGUGCGAUUACAAAUGCGGUAUUAAGUGGAUGAUCAAAUUGCACAAGCGCAAACAUUACGGGGAAAAAAACUACGUAUGCAGUGUUUGUUCGAGAAAAUUCGGUCGUUCGAGCAAUGUGAGGGCACACAUGAAAGUCCAUACUGGAAACGUGGGGAGGGUCUGCCGAUGGUGCAAACACGGCUUCACGGAUCUAGAAACGUUGCAUAAACACGAAAUGGAGUCGCAUUAUUACCACGAAUACGUAUAAAUGGUUAAAAUGUAAAAUAAUAUUGUAUCCUGUAAAAUGUAAGUUGAUUUUAAUGACAGAGGAGUCUAUAAAGAAUUCGUCUAAAGAAAGCAAUAUUGCAUUUUGACAUUUGCACAUAUAAAAGUAAGUGUGCAAUGGCAACAAAUCCGUUUUUAGUU